AUGGUGCAGAAAAAACUAAGGAGCGGCGCGGCGCGUGGUCGAGGUGGUGCGAAAGCUGCGCGUGGCCGCGGUGGUGCGAAGGCAGCGGCGCGGCGUAAGGGCACCGGACGCGGUGCGCUUCGCGGGGGCGCGUCGGCGGCGCUAUCAGCCGAGCAGUGUCUUCUUGCGGCCUCUGGCGGCGACGCGGCAAGUGGUCGCGCGGGCGGGCAAGCGGGAACUUCAUCCGCUGCGUGGCAGCGGGACGUGAGCAGAUGCGUCACGCCGUUCGCCGGUGUAUCUGUCAUCACUGACGGCGAGCUGUGCAUUUCCACCACGUCGGAUAUGAUCGACGCCAGCACUGCCAACGGUUACCACCUGCUCGUGAUCGAAGGCUACUCGCGCACCAAAGAUAUACUCUAUGGCAAGGGCAUCAAAUCUCGCCCAUUCAUGGUGGGAGGCCAUCGCUGGUGCAUUGAUUUCAGGCCCAGCCAUGACAGUUCAUUCAGUGCCGACUUCAUUUCUGCCUACAUUGUCCUUCUUGAUGACAAUGUUGCAGAGCCUGUGAAGGCGCACUUUGCUCUUCGUUGUAUCGACCAGGUUGAGAAGCAAGAACCAGCAUACAUUCGUUCAACUAGCAAAGCAUGCAACUUCUCCAACGAUUCUCGUAGUUGGGGCUACAGGAAGUUUUUGAAAAGAGAUGACUUUGAAGAAUCAAAUAAUCUAAAGGGUGAUUGUUUCACCAUCCGCGCUGACGUCAUGAUUUUCAAGGAUCUCAAUAUCGAGGAUGCCAAUGCCAGUAAGGUGCCACUGUCUGACCUACGGCAAAACUUGAACCAGCUUCUUCAAACUAAGGUGGGCGCUGAUGUGACAUUCAAGGUCAGUGGGGAGACAUUUGCUGCACACCGUUGUGUGCUUGCAGCCCGAUCUACAGUCUUCAUGGCACAACUCUUUGGCCCCAUGAAGGAAGGCACUACGGCAGGUGUCAUACAGAUCAAAGACAUGGAAGCAAAAGUGUUCGGUGCUUUGCUUAGUUUCAUCUACACAGAUUUAUUUCCUGAGAUGGAGAAGGACAAAGCACAAGUUGAGGAAGAAGGGCAAGAAGAGGGGGUUGAUGCAACAUGGCUGCAAUGGGUCCAAGACUUGUUUGUCGCAGCAGACAGAUAUGAUCUCCAAGGGCUGAAGUUGUCCUGCGAAGAUGUGUUGUGCGAGAACAUAGAUGUGAGCUCGGUGACUUCCACUCUUGCUCUAGCGGAGCAACACCAUUGCCAUGAGUUGAAGGAGGAGUGCUUACAGUUUCUGCAAGAACAAUCUUCCUCAAGUUUGCAAACAAUAAUGGCGGCCAGUGACUGGGAGCAUAUAACUAUGACCUAUCCCUCUCUUUUAAACGAGCUCAUCGCCAAGCUUGCCAGGAAAGUCCAAUGUGUCUAAUAUGGUAGGCAUGUCCUUAAGUAACACUGAAUAUAUGUGAGUCUUGACAGCAAUCGAAUUUGAGUCUGGUGCCUUUGUGUCGUGGCAUGUUGCGUGCAUGCCUAUAUGUUGAAUCGGUAAGACGUCUUGUGAUCAUGGAAGGGAUGAUCUGUAAAUUCAGUGUAAGUGUCAAUAUCAAGUUUCCUAGCUAGUCGUUUUAUCCUCA